UGUUUGCUGAGGAUAUUGGAUUUCUCUAUUCAUCGUCGUUAGUUCCCUCUCCUCUCUGCCCGCUCUGUGAGAACGUCUGAUGCGCUGACCAGCCCUGCUGUAGCCUGUCACUCUCGGGGUUGUCUGGCCGUGGACACAGACUGGACUGGACAUCCGUGAUUGUAUUUUUUUAAAUGAGCUGGUACAUUACCACACCUUUGUUGCGCGUUGAAGACACUAUAUGAACAGUGAAGGGACUUUCCGUGAACGAAGAGACACCUGGUUUUCAGUUGGGGUUUAUUUUACGCGUAUUUUUCUGUGAAGGUUACAGAUCUUGCUCAAGAAUAAGGGCGUUUUAGAAGAUGAAGACGAGUGAAUGAUCACACGAAUAUAUGUGCUACUGUAAACCAAUACAUUGCCCUGAGUAGACCCUAACGUCAUUCCAUUGUGGUUUAACACAAAUCAGCUUCCUUGGAUCUUACUUUUGUUGUGUUAUAGUGUAUUUUUGCAUAAUAUAUUUUUCCCCCAAUGAUUUUUGGAUUAGCAGAAGUGUAGAAUUAAUAUAAUACAGGGAAUACUCACCAAGAGCGAAGAUGGGGGACAGUGUCUAGAACUGCCAGGAGAGGAAUGCCCCAGACUGUGUUCCCAGCAGCAGGCACCAUGUUCACCCCCAGUGGCUUCAGCCCCCACCUGGCCUCCACCUGCUCUGAGGCUGACCCUGAGGAGGAGGAAGGCCCCCAGGAGGCCAGAGGACCUGGGGCUUGCGUGGCCGACGGACCCCCCAUUACCUCCGCCUCUCUGGACACUCUCAUCCAGCACCUAGUGCCCACCGCAGACUACUACCCAGAGAAAGCCUAUGUGUUUACGUUCCUGCUGAGUGCUCGUCUGUUCAUCUCUCCUCCUGAGCUGCUGGCCAGACUCUGUGACACCUGCAUCAAACAACAACAGUUGGACCAGAGUCCAAUGGACAUGGCUAAAGUGAGGAAGUUUGGUCCCAAGAUCCUGCAGCUGCUGACUGAGUGGACAGAGACGUUUCCCACAGACUUCAGAGAGGAGAAGAUGGUGGGCCUUUUCAAAGAUAUCAUCCACAGGAUAGCACCCUGUGAUGAGGCGUAUUGGAAGACACUGAACCAGGUUUUGCAGACACUGAACCAGAAGCUGGCAGCCAUCGCCCAGGGAGAGGAGAGCAUUGUCAAAGUGAAUGCCUCCUCAGUCUCCUCAAUAGCAGACAAGCUGGUGGGCUUCAAGACCAAGCCUCCACCUAUCCAGAAGGAUAUACUGUCUAUCUGCAAUGACCCAUACACACUGGCACAGCAACUCACCCAUGUGGAACUGGAACAUCUCAGUUAUAUCGGUCCUGAGGAGUUUGUCCAAGCCUUUGUUCAGAAAGACCCACUAGGUAGCACUCAGCAGCCGUGUUUCAGUGAGCAGAAGAAGAAGACCACUAACCUGGAGGCUUAUGUCAGGUGGUUCAACAGGCUGUGCUACCUGGUAGCUACUGAGAUCUGUAUGCCUGCUAAGAAGAAACAGAGAGCCCAGGUGAUUGAGUUCUUCAUCGACGUGGCCAGAGAGUGCUUCAACAUUGGCAAUUUCAACUCCCUCAUGGCCAUCAUCUCUGGUAUGAAUAUGAGUCCUGUGUCUCGGUUGAAGAAGACAUGGGGUAAAGCCAAGACUGCCAAGUUCUUCAUCCUGGAGCAUCAGAUGGACCCUACUGGAAACUUCUACAACUACAGAACAGCACUUAGGGGAGCCAUCCACAGGUCCCAGACUGCUAAUAGCAUCAGGGAGAAGAUUGUUAUUCCCUUCUUCAGCCUACUGAUCAAAGACAUAUACUUCCUGAAUGAGGGAUGUGCCAACCGCUUGCCCAACGGCCAUGUACAUUUUGCGAAAUUUGUGGAAUUGGCUCGCCAGGUGGGAGAGUUUAUGACGUGGAAACAGAUAGAGUGUCCGUUUGAGACAGACAGGAGCAUCCUCCACUACCUCCACACUGCUCCCAUCUUCAGUGAGGACGGCCUCUACCUGGCAUCCUAUGAGAGUGAGAGCCCAGAGAACCAGGUGGAGAAGGACAGAUGGAAAGCACUCAGGUCUAAUAUUCUGUUGAAGACAAAAGAGCUAAAAGAGCACCAUGGCAGCUAACCCUCAGGCCAGCCCAGCGAGGGAGGGAGGGAGGGAGUGGAAUCACUGCACUAAAACAAACUGUGAAGGAGCCUAGCUGGUGCCAGGGUGUUUGUCUACACAUGAAGUAUAGAAGUGAUGAAACAAUAAUGAUGAACAGGAUUCAUCAACAUCAUGACCAGUAAAACACAAUGGAAGAACAAAGGUCAACAAGCAGUGAAAAGUGAAGCUACUGUAUGCACACUAACUGGGGGAGUACAAUGUCAUGACCUUUGGUUUGACUUUUGUACAUGGGGUACAUAAUAAGGGAUAGAUCAAUCCCGCAAUCUUGGUGUUUAUUUACUCUUUAUCAUCUUUCUUUGUCUCUCCCUCUCUCAUCUUUCUCUCCAAAGCCUUGUGUAAGUUUUCUAUUGUACUGUUAGAAUCCUUUAAAAGUAAGAGUAACUAUGAUGUGAAGGGUGCUGGCUUGCCCACUUAGCUGCCGGACUGUGUUUGGUCCUCUACUACUGAAGACUCCUUCUAAAGACCACUACUGAAGACUACUACUGAAGACUACUACUGAAGACUACUUCUAAAGACUACUACUGAAUACUACAUCCAAAGACUACUUCUAAAGACUACUACUGAAGACUACUACUGAAGACUACUUCU